AUGACAAUAUCCAACACCUCCCAACCGCUGUUCGACGACACGACCGCGUCCGCACCCGAAACCUUCGCCAUGGCCGUGUUCAGCAAGCUCCUACAGCUCACCCCGACGGGCCCGCUGGGCUGGGGCACAAUGUUCAAGAUCUUCUUCGUGUUCAUGGCGCUCAUCAAUAUCAAGAACAUUCCCCUGACGUGGCACUUCCGCUUCUACCGCUCCCUCUUCCACCACCUCCUCCGCCGCCGCUCCCUCCACCCCACCCCCUCGCACCUCUUCUCCCCCAUUUCCUCCACCUCCCGCUCCCCCCUCUACGAGUGCGACCUCAACCUUCACAAAUCCAACAGCACGUACUUCUCCGACCUCGACAUUGCGCGUACCCACCUCAUCUGCCACCUCAUCAAGCGCUCCCUACGCACCCGCCGCUCGCUCUACGUCGCCCUCGCCGGCGUGACCUGCCUCUUCCGCCGCGAAAUCAAGCCGUUCGAGAAGUACGAGAUUGUCUCGCGCCUGCUCGGCUGGGACGGCAAGUGGGUCUGGGUUGUGUCCCACUUUGUCAGCAUUAAGAAGGAGAAGGACGGCAGCAGGAAAAUAUUUGCCAGCGCGCUGUCAAAGUAUGUCUUCAAGAUGGGCCGCAUCACCGUGAAGCCCGAGGAGAUCUUUACCGAGUGCCAGCUGCUGCCACCGCGGCCCAUCGAGUCCUCGGCAUCCGGCGCCAAGGUCGCGCCCGCCGCGAACGGAAACGGCGAGAUCAAGAACCUGGCGAACGGGGGCGCACACAAGAGCGAGAAGGAGGUGCUGGCGCAGCUGGACGCCGCGAUAACGGCGACCGACACCACGGCGGCCGCGAUGUGCUUGGACGCGUACUGGACGUGGGAGCGCAUCGAGGCCGAGCGCGCGCGGGGGUGCGAGAUUGCAAAGUCGAUGCUGGGGCUUGACCUGCUUGAGCACGAGAUCCGGAGCGGCGACGAGGAGGGGCUGACGAAAGUGGGGAGGUUUUACUAA